CAAUGAUUAUUUGUUUACAUAUUCAAAUGAUUGAUAUUGAGGAGGAAUGAGAAAGGAAUGAAAAUUUACUAUUAAAAAUUAUUAGUACUUUAAAUUUAUCUGAUAUUUAAAUGGAUAUUAGUUCUCGUUUAAAAAUUAUUGAAGAUUUAGAUGACUAUUUAUCAGAAAAGAAAAAAUUUCUUCUUGAUAUGUGCUGUGACUUAGGAUGGACAGAAGAAUCUUUAAAACAAGAAACUAAAGUUCAGUGUCCUCAUAAUCCAGGACACUGGAUCCCAGAAUCGUCUCUUGGCCAUCAUACUGAAUUAUGUGCUUUGGUUAAAGAUGGCUACUUAAAAGAAGAAAUGGAAAAACAGCCUCCAAAUUCAACAUUUUUUUACCAACAGGCACCAUCGGUGGUUUCCAUAACUUUAGAUAAAGAAACUCAAGCAAGUAUAUUAAUGGAGAAAGGAUUGAUUGAGCAAAAACCGUUGGAUGAAAUGCCAGAUGUUCCGAAAACAGUAGAUCGUUGGACAGUUGAAUUAAAUCCAGAACAGAGAUUAGCUGAAUAUGAUUAUAUCAUUGCAAAAGCCAAGGCUAUUAAUAAAGCUGAAAAUGAUACUUUGGAAGAUCUGAUGUUUGAUUUUGAAAAGAAAAAUGAUCAAGAUGACAGACCAAAAACACAUUUGGAGAUUCUAGCUGAACAGAGAGACUACAAACGUCGACGACAAUCAUAUCGAGCAAAGAAUGUACACAUUACCAAAAAAUCUUAUACUGAGGUUAUGAAAGAAGUGAUUGAAAAUCAGAUUUCUAUGUUGACAGAAAUGAGGAAAGAAGAAAACAAUGAAAAAGAGGCGAAUUCAAAUACAGAAGAGAAAAAGGUUGAGAGAAGGAAAAGAGAAAGGAGUCAUAGCCCAAGAGAACUCUCUCAAGACAGACAGUGGCAUGGUUCUAAAAAUCAUCACCGUUCAAAAAGUAAAAGAUCAAGGAGUCGAACACCCAAGAAGAAAAAGCAUAAGCAUAAUCGAUCUAGAAGUAGAUCUAGGUCUAGAUCAAGAUCAAGAAAGCACAAAAAGUCACAUCGUAAGCAUAAGAAAUCACGUGAUUAGAGAUAAUUUUAUAGUUCUAGUCGUUUGCGCCACUGGUAAAUAGUACAAUAUUGCUAUCAUCAUUUUUAUAUGGUCAGCAGAAAACUACAUUUUAUCAUUAAUGUUUGCUCUUUCUCUGUCUGUAUUUUCCAAUCAAUCAUUAAUAAUCUCAACAUAUCUUUUUUUUAUUAUAACGGGUUUCCAGUUUUCAUUAAGUAAAAAAUAUCUUACAAGCUCAAUAAAUAUUUUUUUGAAAGAA